CAAUAUCUACAAUGACUUGGCGACAUUGAAUGCAGAUGUUUGUUACAAAGUUUUUCCUCACUUGAAAAAUGAAUGAGACCAGUGUGAUUUAUAGCACAAGAUAAUUUUGUUUCGAUGUAUUCCUACACGGUCUAAGGGGGACUCGGCGAGUAGUUAUCUCCAUGAGUAUGCUAGCAUGCUCGCCCUCAAUGACUACUAGAUACGAGCAAGAGUUAGAUUAUUAGCCACUCUUAUUACUUAUUAUUAUAAAUAAGUUUGCGCUAAUCAGCUAAUUCAUUGUUGUUGAGACUCAUCCUAAAUGUAUCUAUCGUUCAUAUUUUUGGCUGCUUGCUAAAAUAACUCGAUCAUGACGCCUCUUUCAUAUCAAGCAGUUGCUGUAUUUGUUGCUAUAUCUGUUAAUUCUGUAAACAUUUAUGAACUACGAACCUUUUAUCUCAACUAGCAAUUAUAUUUGUUCAGGAUUCAUUCACAAUUUGUUAUUAUUUGUGUCCCGUCGAAUAAAGUGUUACCCUAUCAAGAGUAGCAUUACCAUACAUCUCUUUCUCUACUGCACGGGUAAACUAAAUAAUCAAUUGUAUUUAACGGCCCUUGUACUUUAUUUUAAUAACUUCAAAAUGAAUGCCGACAAACUUAUUCGGCCUCAAUAAAUGAAGUAUUGUCGUUAUUUUAACGAUUGAUUUUGGAUCACAUUUAUUUAAACCCAAACACAUAGGAACACUGUUCACUGUCAUUGUUGCACAUCGGACCGUAAAUACAACUGUACGUGAGCGUGCUGGCAUCUUAUCUUUAGGGCUGUUUCAACCAUUAGUUUUAUGGGUUUUUUGAGCCUUCACACUUAACAUGCGGAUGCGACGCGCUAAAAGAAGCUGCUCGGUUCCGCUGGUUUAACCAUCCUGUCGGUGUUGAGUGCAUUUUUCGUUCUCCUUGGGGCCAGUGAUCCCAGUAAACUUCACAAUGUGUUCCUGGGAAAACUACGAAACUAGCGGCCCUGUUUUCAUCAGGGAAAACGGCGAGCUCCGCUGUCUGAAUGACAGUUCACUGUCAAUCGGGUCGCUUAGGCACUGCAGGAUACCACCGUCCAGGCCCUUCCCAAGGGGCUUCACCGUGCGGCUCCGGGGUGACGGCGGAUCCCAGGCUCCGGUCAGCAUCUGCAGGAGAAAGGAGCAUUUCGUCUUCACGUACACGAAGGAGGGCAACCUUCGCUACACGGCCAAGUCCCUUUUUAAAAUGGCACUGCUCUUCGUUGCCGAAAAUGUGCAGCACAUCGACUCUCUCAUCGGUUUUCCUGAGCAAAUAGCGGAGCAGCUCUUCAUAGCCGCAGAGGAGAAGCAGAAGUUCGCCGAUGCUAAGUCGGGAACCCGUGCUCUCCGCCUCUUCAGCGAAGCCUACGGGCACCUGGUGCUUAAAUCGCUCUGUCUCCGGAAAAGACACCUCCUAGUGUCAGAAAAGCUGGAGGAGAUCAAAAUGUUUCAUGAUCUUAAGAGUUUAGACCUAUAUGGUUGUAAACUUGGGGAUAACCAUGAGAUUCUUCCACACUUGACUUCGGAGGCUUUGUCCAGUCUCACCUGGCUGUCUUUGGGAGAUAAUAUCCUCUCUGAUUACGGGCUGAGAAAGCUGACUGCACCUAUCAGAGUGAUGAAGAGGGGACUCGACUGCCUGAAGCUGCUCGAUUUGUCCUACAACCCUCUCAGUGAGCAGGCAGUUGGGUAUCUGACCUGCUUCCCAGCCCUACAAGGGCUGGACGUGUCAGGGACGGAAAUUCAGGUGACAGCUAUCUUCCCUGGAUUUCACACCCGUCUGUUUGUGGUAAAUACCCCAGGGAGACCCGUUAAGGCUUGUCAUGCUGCUUUUCAGAUCAGUGAGCACGUGAAGGAGACCCUCCGUGAUGGCAUGGGACUUGUGCUGGCUGAGGUCCCACUGACAGACCUGUGCCAUUCGCACUGUAAGACGCGGGGCUGGGCAGAGCAGGUGGUUAAGCAGUGGGAGAUCCGCAGGGCUGAGUUGUCAAAGCUGAGAGCAUCCCUUCCAAAAGACGACGUGCUUCGCUUCUAUGGAAGAAAGAGGUUUGUCCAUGAAGCAGCUAAAGGAGCGACUUCGCGUAAAAAGGGUGAGGAGGAGGAUGAUGAUGAGAAAGCCAGGAUCCAUUUCUGUAAAGCGGCUUCCAGCAGCCAAAAGAGGAAGAGGGAGGCCAGCCCUCCAGCCCUCCAUCCCAGCCCCCUGGCCAAGCAGAAAGCGGUCCAACUGACAGUGGAGGACUGGGAUCUGCUGAACAGCUACUGAGCACUAUGGCCCGGCUGCUUGAGCAGGAGCAGGGCUGAGGUCCUGGCCCUUCCCACUGGAGCCUCUCCUGGGCUGCUGACUGGCUUUUCCCCAUCCAGCCACUGCCAUAGCAGCAUCCAAUGAAAUCUCCUGAUUUUCGAACUGGAAUUAAUGCCGUCAUUCAACAAACAAAUGUAUAUUUUUAAUGAAGUUAUUAAAUGUUUCUCU